AUGGCUCUCCCAGACACGCGCAACUAUGUCCUUGCCAUCGAGAAUAACAAGCAGGAAGCGGCGGAAAUCGCAAAGUCGGUGGCACAAAAACUCGAGAGUCGCCAGACAACCUUGAUUGAAGUUGUCCAGUCGCUGGGCGAGUAUAUCAACGAUGACGACGAGAAAAUCCGUGCCAGAGCCGUCUCCUACCUGGUUGCUGUCAUCUCAGCGCUCCCUCCGAAAUACCUGUCCAGACAACAAAUCCAGGUGCUUUGCCAGUUCUUCUGUGACCGCAUUCAAGAUGGAGGAGCAAUUGAGGGCUUGUCCAGACUGCAGGGCCUCGAAAGAUUUACAAGCGAGAUGGCUCAAACGGUCGUGAGAGCGAUAUUUGAGCACUUCACAGACUUGCAGACACGCAACCAGGCUGGCAGGUACCGGAUCCUCCAGCUCCUGAACGAACUCUUAGAUCACCAUCGCAAAGCCGUAAGGGACAUGAAAGACGAGUCCCUUGUGGGUAUCACGAACUUGGUGGCAGGCGAAAAAGACCCUCGAAACCUGAUGUUGAUCUUCUCUAUGCUGAGGGUUCUUAUGGUUGAAUGGGACAUCAGAGACCAUGUACAAACCAUGUUCGAUUCUGUAUAUGCUUACUUUCCCAUCACCUUUCGUCCGCCUCCCAAUGAUCCCUACGGUAUUACAGCUCAGGAUCUGAAAGACAGACUACGUGAGUGUCUGGCUUCUACUGGAGCGCUGGCACCCUACACCUUCCCCAACAUGCUGGACCGCCUCGAUUCUACCUCCACCACUGUCAAGAAGGACUGUCUACAGACUCUGACCGCCUGCGCUACCAACUAUGACCCUGAGACGCUAAGCCAGUUUUCAAUACCCCUCUGGGACGCCGUCAAGUUUGAGGUAUUGCAAGCCCAGGAGCCAGAGCUGGCAGAAGAAGCUCUGCAUGUCCUCAAAGCCAUCGCUAAUUGCUUAUCUACUGCUGCUCACACCUCCCAAAGUAAAACGACAUCGUCACUCCACCAGUACUUGACACCUAUCAACAAAGAAUGCCUGGAACAUCUGCAAGAGCCGGCGACACGGCAGGCAAAAGCUUCCGGUGACAUCCUCAAAGCAGUGUCAUCAGCCUCGGUCCAAUCUUUCGAAAUUGUGGUCCAAACCGUUGGACCAGCACUAUUAGGUAUCUAUCAGUCUUCGAAUGGCUUGGUGCAACAGCGAGCGAUUCUGGAGAUUGCCAACCAGCUGUUCGAGGCUGCUAUUGAGGUCUAUGGCUCUUGGACAGCUCCAAGCCCUAAAAAUCCUCAAGGGCGACAGAAUCUUGUCGGACAAUUCAAGGACAAUUUUGUGGCCCUAUAUAGUCAAGCCUUGAUGGGGACGGUCAAGGAAGAGGUUUCAUUCCGGCUGACGGCUGCAAACGGGCUGUUGUUGGUGUCGAAAAUGAAUUCGGUGCUCACGGAUGACGAGAUCGGUCUUUUCGUCCAAUAUUUCGAUGAUAUUGUCCUCAGGGAAGAGUCCUACGGCCGAGACGAACUGAAAAGGAAAGCCAUGACGGCGUUGGCCGAAAUAUCUCAAUUCAAGCCUAAUUUGAUCUCCAACAUCACAUUUCCAGCUUUUAUGGCACGUUUACCUGACUCAGAAGAAGAGGCACGGACUAGUGAUUUCGGUUCUGUGCUUGAAGGGCUGGCGGAAAUCAGUCGAGAGAAGGAAUUGCUGGGGACGCUGAUGAGACGUCUCUUGAAUAAAUUGGACAUUCUUUUCAGCUCCAGUCAGGGUCCUCCAUUUCCCUACACAUGCCAAAUCUUGGGUACAAUUCUUUACGUCUUGAAUCGCAGCGUUUCAGACCAAAAUGCGACUUUGGAUGCAUAUUUCGAACGGGUCGUCGUGGCACUGUCCCGAAGAAUAUCAGAUGCCAAUCACGGUCCGCUGGCGAAUGAGAACGUGCUGGAUCUGCUUGGUCGAAUCAUGAACCUCAUCGUUCGACACUCUGCGGAACCGGCGGUUCAACGGACUUCAGAAUGCUUUUAUUCUCUAUUCACUCAAUCAUCAGCCGGCGAAGGAUCUGACAGCUUCGUCAACUUGAUCGAUCAGCCUACCCGAACCAUUCUAUCGACAUGGCUUUUGGCAGCUGUUCCCAGAAGCACGAACUCUCCACUGCUGACAAGGGAACAACUUACCCUGAGCAUCCAAAACUUGGUAUCAUUUGCUUCAAAUGCUCAAAGUCCGGCAGUCAUACAGAGUUGUCUUUCUCAAGUUGCUCUCUAUGUCAACAAGCAUUUUGCAACCGCUGAUCUUGAGUUCGUUGACAAUUUAGUCUCGGAGAAAUUGUCCGCACUCAAGGACGAACCCAUGGACGAGACCACAACGCCCGAUUUCGACAUUCGCCUCCUUUUUGCCCUCUUCAAGGCUCUAAUUCUCCGACUUUCGCCGAGAACGAACGGUUAUCUGGCCAACCUUGUCGAGCUCCUUGAUUCGAGACAGUAUCCCCACCAAGUUUCUCAGCAAGCAGCCCGGGGGUUUGCUACUAUCUUGGCAGCCGACGACAUUUUGUCCAAGCAGAAUGGAGCGCAAAUUAGGUUGCUUGCUCCUCAGCGCGUCUUCCAAACCCUCACGCCAAUGAUUUCCGACAAAUUCAGAACAUCACAGUCAACGCUUGAAAAAGAGAAUUAUCUGGUCGCAAUGAGUGGUAUCAUGGCGUCUGUUCCUUCAGAGAUUGUGAUGCCAGAGCUUCCCACCCUCUUGCCCCUCCUCUUACAAUCUUUGGACAUUGCAGACCAAACUGUUAAGAUUGCUACUUUGGAGACGUGUGCAGUUGUUCUAUCGAACAACCCUGCUGCGCUUGAGGAAAGCGGACACAUACCGGCACUGGUGAAGCGACUUAUCGCUGUUGCAACGGUGACGAAAUCUAAGGCGCCCGUUCUUGUGAAAACAGCCUCGCCUGGCCAGGGGUAUACGCCCAUUCCACCAACGAAUCUACCGAAAACCCGUCGCCUAGCCACACGUUGCCUCACUUUAAUGCCCAAAUACAUUUCAGCAAGUGCAUCACGAGCCAACCCUCUGAUUGCACUCAAGCGUGAAGUCCUGCAUGGGCUGACGAAUAUUUUGGAUGACCCGAAGCGGGAUGUGAGGAAAGAAGCUGUUGAUGCUAGAGCAGCUUGGCUAAGGGAUGUCGAUGAUGUAAAUGAUGACGAUGCGUAG